AUGACGGUCUGCUCUAGUAUCGAGCCGAGCUGCACCAAACCCACGGCCCCACACCUCCUCGUUCCCGGCACGGCCUCGGGCCCUCUCCUGUAUUCGGACACGCCCCUUUCUUUUUGGGGCGGGACGGAUCCGGCUUCGGGGGUGAUAGUCGACGUGCACCAUCCCCUUUCUGGGCGAUGUAUGGCCGGCCACGUCCUCGCCCUUCCGGCGGGACGCGGGAGUUGUUCCGGUUCCCUCGGUGUUUUGGAGUGUAUCGUGUCUGGAAACGGACCGGUCGCUUUGGUGUUGGCCGAGGCCGACGAGAUUAUGGCCCUCGGUGCACUGGUGGCCGGUACGGUGUUUGGACAGAGUAUACCAGUGGCAGUUAUUGGAAAAGACAAGUAUGCGCGGUUGGCUAAAGCGACGUCGGUGUCGAUUUGUGGGGGAAUGCUCAACGCUUCUUUGGACGGUGGAAGACUGGCCAUUCCGCUCAUUUCGCUUGACCGGCUCACUCCCGAAGUGGAGCUGGACGAGAGAGAUAAGGACAUGUUAGCGGGAAAGAAGGGACAGGGACGUAAAGAGGCGAUGGAGCUCGUCGUCGCCAUGGCGAGGAUGUAUGGCGCCACAUCACUUACAAGCGUCACUCGCGCCCAUAUCGAUGCGGUCAUUUAUGUCGGGCCUGCAACUCUGGCUUUUGCGAAACACUUCGCCCGCCUGGGCGCCCGAUUCGCCGUUCCAACAACGAUCAAUGCCAUCUCGGCCCCACGCGAAUGGCAGGCCCUCGGCGUACCCCCAUCCGAGGCUGGGCCGGCCUUAGCCUUACCAGCGGCAUACGAGAGUCUUGGAGCCGACGGAUCUUCCAGGACUUGCGCACCGUACUUUCUUCCCUCGCCACCUGUGGUUGGUGAGAGCGUGGGUUGGGCCGAGAGUAACGCCGUCGUAUUCGCCAAUAGCGUCCUCGGCGCCCGCACACUCAAAUAUCCCGACAUGCUGGAUGUGGCCGUCGCGUUGACAGGCCGCGCUCCUCUUGCUGGACAGCAUGUCGAUGCCGCAAGAUUGCCGAGCGUACGCGUCGAUGCGGCGGCGGCGGCAGCGGAGCCGGGAAGCCUCUUCUGGCCCCUCCUCGGAUACUGCGUGGGUGCUGUGGCGGGACAUGAUGUGGUCGUUGUGUGUGGGCUCGAGGACUCGACGCCACGGCAGAGCGACCUCAAGGCCUUUGGAGCAGCUUUCGGGACGUCUUCCGGCUCUCCAAUGUUCCAUAUUCGCGGAGUCACACCUGAAGCGCCGGCGUAUGUCGAGUUCGACGUCGAGCGGACUGUUAGCGUUGGGCGUGCCGAACUCGCUGCCGCUUGGGAAGGCCUCAAUUCUGCGCAGGGGGAGGAUGUCGGCCUCGUCGCACUCGGUAAUCCCCACCUCGCCGUUGCUGAGUUCGUAGAACUCGCCGAACUCGUACGCCCGCUUCUGGAACGGGGAGUUCGCGCCGAGGUGCCCUUCGUCCUCACUGCUGGUCGGCACGUCGUCUCUGAAGCAGAGGAGAGGGGACUCCUUGAGCCGCUGCGCCGCUUUGGCGCCACUGUCGUCGAGGACGCGUGCUGGUGCAUGAUCAAUGCGCCUGUCGUGCCCGAGGUCGCGCAGAGCGUGGUAACCAACUCGGCCAAGUACGCACACUACGGACCUGGCGGGGUCGGCAAGCCCAUGUACUUUGCCAGCACGGCUGAAUGUGUCCAGGCAGCGGUGAGUGCGCGAUGCACACGACAACUGCCGACUUGGCUGGCAUGA